AUGGCGCUGCCGUGGUCGCUGAGGAGCUGCCUGCAGCGCCCGGGCGUCCUCCGGAGCCCCAGGGCCCGCCUCGGGGGCGCGGGGGGCGGAGGGCUCAUCCUGCAGUCCCUUUCGGACGAUGUUUACCAAAACCUGGCUGUGGAAGACUGGAUCCACGAGCAGGUGAGCUUGGAAAACCGGCAGGGGGAAGGCAACCUCAGGCUCAUGCGGCAGAAAGGCAUAAAACUGGCCAGGAGGAGAAGCGGCGGGGGGACAGUCUACCACGACCUAGGGAAUAUCAAUUUGACGUUCUUCACAACCAGGAAAAAAUAUGAACGCAUGGACAAUCUGAAGUUGGUUGUGAGGGUGCUGAAGGCCCUGCGCCCGCAGAUGGAUGUGAACGUUACAGACAGGUACGACAUCGUGCUGGGCGGGCGUUACAAGAUCUCCGGGACCGCUGCUAAGCUGGGCAGGACAACUGCUUAUCACCACUGUACCUUGCUGUGUGGCACAGAUAAAUCUGUGUUGUCUUCAGUGCUGAAAAGCCCUUAUAAAGGGCUCAAAAGCAAUGCCACUGCCAGCGUGCCUUCCUCGGUGAGAAACCUCUUGGAAGAGGAUCCUGCUUUAACUUGUGAGCUGCUCCUGGAGGCCAUUGCUGAAGAAUAUGCUACGCAGCACCAAAUAGAUCAUCACGUCACCUUAAUAAACCCUGCUGAUGAGGCUGUGUUGCCCGGAAUCAAUAAUAAGACUAAAGAACUGCAAACCUGGGAAUGGGUGUAUGGAAAGACACCAAAGUUUAGUAUUAGCACGUAUUUUGACAUGGCCUAUGAGGAUUCUGUUCUUGAGGUUAAAGUGGAUAUGGAGGUAAAGCAUGGAAGAAUAGAAGUCUGUAACAUCAAUGCACCAGAGCACUGGCUGCCUCCAGGACUGUGCCAGGAGCUGGCAAAGAGCCUCACUGGCUCCAGGUUUUGCCCAGAUGAAGUCACUGUGCUAGCAAGCACUGUGCUGAGAACGUGUCCCCCAAACGACGAGUUGCGCAACAAGUGGAAUCUUUUAUGUGAGAACAUGAGGAUGUUAAUGUGA